AUGGCCUGGGGCCACGACUACGAGGGACCGGUCCUCAUUGAUAAUGAACACCGAUUUCCAUGGGAGGACCGAUUCUCCGAUCGAGAGUACAUAGGGCCCGAUCCUGUCCUCACAACAAAUCCAUACGACGUCCCAGACAUACAGAGUCUGCUGGCCGAAGACCCCAAAUCACCACCAAGUUCAACAUUAUCGGUUUCUCAAUUCACAACGCUAGCACAAGACGUCUUUUUUGCACUUCCAGAAGAACUCCGGUCAGUGAUCGCGACGUGUUUGCCGACAUUGGACGUCUUGAACCUUCGCCUAGUCUCUCGUGCGUUCUGGACUAUGUUCAAUAAUCAACAAUUCUGGGCAUCGAGAUUCGGAGAUUCUUCAGACCGCUCAUGGCUCUUUGAGGCUCGGCACAGCACAGAGACUCAAAAUUGGAGAUGGCUGUAUCGCCGAACGAACAGUCUGCGUAGAGGCUUUGGUCUACAAAACAGAGUUCGUGUCUGGAAUCUAGCCCAGAAGCUUGUGGAUAUUCUGGAUUUCCAUUGGGUCGACAUUGGCGUCAAUUAUUCUCCAUGCUCUGACCAGCGUGUAGAAGCUUCUGGCGAGAUGUGGGAGCAGCCGGUUGCGGGUUACUCUCUAUUCGACAAGGGCUGUCGUCUCUUCGAAAGGCAUCUGGUGACUAUCCCUGAACAAUUAUCGCGGAUCUCUGUCUGUUCCAUUCAGUUGGGGGACAUGAGUUAUGUCACUGGACUCAAAUUCACCACUGUUGUGGGCGGCAUCCGUCAAAUUGGCUACUGGGCCACACCUGAACAGUCUCUGGAAACUUCAGACGUCUGUGGCUUCAAAUUGGCCGUGGGAGAAAGGGGUAUUCAAGCUUUGCAGUGCAUUGAUUCGAAGUCUUCAACCUAUCCCUGGAUUGGCUGUCCGGAAAGGUCGCCCAAGACGCUGCGCCUAAACGUGGGUGACCACGUUGCCGACCUUGAAAUUGGAUUCGAUGGCUGCAAAAUUGUCAGCCUAUCUGUCUAUUCCCAGUUUCCGUCGCCCAAUAAAAUGCUGCAUGAUGGAAACAGGCUGCGAAAUUCAGGAAUGUGGUAUCCUGAUGUACCGGAACAAAACCUCUGCUUGAACGAAGCAUCCUUUCCUCCGAGGGAGAAUUAUUUGAGCGGAUACAAACCCUUAUUUUGGACUUCAUUUGGUGGUUCAGGUGGCAGCGGCAUACGGCGCAUUGACUUCACAUACGACAUUGCAGUCCCUUCGGAACAUCAGACGUUCGGAUGCCAGGCGUCGGGAGAGUGGACCAAAGUUACCGACUUCGCGAUCGAUGGAGCUGGAGGCGAAUUCAUCAAUGCUAUCGAGGUGUUCCAGCAUUACCCCAACGAAGGUUACCCUUGGCUGGUCGAAGAAGGGACUGUGGUGGCAUUUAAGACGACCACAAAUCGAGAGAGAUCAUGUUUCUUCUCAUUCCAUUCUGAUCCACCCAGCAGUCUACCUUUCGUAGUUACAGCGUCUCCUGGAACAGCAAUCACAGGGUUCUAUGGAAGUCAUCGUCCUCAUGACGGUAGUGGCAUUACAGCCUUAGGGGUCAUCUCGGAAGCGAUUGAGGGAAAGUGA